AUUUCUAGAAUAUUUUUUUCACUUGGAAGUUGUGCGGUAGGAUGUGUAGAUAAAUGGGUGUAGACUAUGAAAUAGGGUAGGAAAGCAAAAUUUGAUGACCUCUCCUGAGCUGCAAGGCAAUAAAAGCUUUGGGCAUGCCCAGUGCACAAAGUAGGACAAAUUGACAGGGUAGGAAAAAAUGGCGUUACACUGGCACAAAUUAUGUCAACAACAAAUGCUUUACAUCAAGACUAGGAGUGGGGAUUUUACACUUGACAUUCCCUACAGACAUCUUUAUUGCUUGCAAAAAAAAGCAAUUUCCUUUAGUGGAAAUACAAAUUCCUGCAACAUUCAAUUACGUAAAAAGCAAUUUAUGGAAAAGCAUUGACAAUUUUGUAAGAUAUACAUUGAACGCUGGUUUGUAGUGAACAGGCAGUGUACAUUGAUGUUUACCAAUUAAUUGCAUAUUUACAAAAACAAUAUUUUUUUUCUUAUCUAAUCGGAAACAGACAAGCUGCAAACAAAAAAAAAAAAUAAUUGAAACGAACAAAGGACACGUUGAUUUUUUCAUGAAGCAUAUUCAACUUCAUUUUGUCAUUUUGUUUCCUUCAUCGUCAUGUUCUCAUACUACAGCAUGCAGGCUACCAUACAUCACCUGACCUAGACAGUUCUCACCUUUUCUAUUAUCCCUUUUAACUUGAGCUCAACACCACGUACUGUUUAUCCCUCAUUGGACAAGGAAGCUAUCUAGUGUGCUCUCUUGUUUCUUGGAGGAUCCUUGGCGAGUUCUGCAAAGCGUUGCGCAUACUCGCAAAAAUCUGUGCGGGCGCGAGUCUGCUUGAGAUCGGAAAUGCGCGUCCCCAGCGCAGUUUGGCAGGUGGAGUUGCAGUCAUUCUCGUGUCGGGGGCGCGCUUUCUCGCCCGCUAAAGUAGAAGAGUCUAUCGAGGAUGUACGAGGAAGGUGCGGGGAGGAGAUUAUUUUUUUUUUGAUACAAUAUUUUGAUACCAUCUUUCGUUUACGAGCAAAGGAGAAUUAUACGCACAGCGUUUCAGUCAACAAUAACAAAGACUUGUAGUGGGUGUUUCAUAACAAAGUGUAGUUUUGGGGGCUUUAAAACAACAGAACAGAAAAAAGCUAUUGCAAGACCCGGCUUUUAAUUUAAAAAUAAUAAUAGAAAUAUUGCUUGCACGAAAAAAAAAGCCAAAUAUGUGCUCCUUACAGAUUUUUUGUAUAGCAUCUUAUUUCCACAGUAUGGUGCAUCGUUAUUGGUAAGCUCUGGGAGGAGAGACUGUUGUUGCAACGUAACGGUGCUGCGGGAAUGCAAUACAACACACAUACACGUACAUACGUACCAUUUUUAUGUUGAAGACGCAAAGUCGACAAUUUCAUCAGAUAAGGAGGAAGUUUGUUCGCCUUUCUAUCCUCCAGCUGAAUUGAGAAUAUUGGAAAGUUAGUCGUCUCGCUGCAAGCUUUUUAUAUAGGUCUAGAGAAAUACCGUAUUGUGGAGUAUUUGGGAUAUUAUAUUAAAGGGCUGCUUAAAACUAAAACAUGUAUGCCGGACGCAAAAGGAGAAAACCUGUUCAAAGAACGGUAAAACAUCCACCUGCUGAAGGGGUGAAGUCAAACCCAUCCAAGAGGCAUCGAGACAGGCUCAACUCUGAACUGGACCGGCUGGCCAGCCUCUUACCCUUCCCAGGUGAAGUGACCUCCAGGCUGGAUAAACUCUCCAUCCUCCGCCUCAGUGUCAGCUACCUCCGGGUGAAGAACUUCUUCAACAGUAAGUGUCUCCCGUCAUACUCCCAGGGGCUGCAAGGAAUUAUGUUUAUAGUGGAAGUGGUUCAUUCAUAA